GCAGACUGUGGAAUGCUGUGUUGAUUGUAUGUUAUGUGACAUGCUGAGAUUAAUGAGAGGGCAUUGUAUUUACAGGGUAUCAUUUUGGUCUACGAUAUCACCAGUAAGGUGUCAUUCGAAGCUCUACCUAAGUGGAUAGAUUAUGUAAAACAGUUUGCCCGAGAGGAUGUCUCUGUGUUGUUGAUGGGAAACAAGAAAGACAAAGAAGAUAAUAGACAGGUAGCAGAGGAGGAGGCCAAAAAGUUUGCAGAAAAAAAUAAACUUUUAUUUUAUGAAACCAGUGCCAAAGACAGCGUCAAUCUAGAAAAGGCUUUUUAUAGUCUUUGUGAAGAUGUUAUAAAUAAGGAGAAAGAAAAAGAAAAGGCAUGCACUGAAAAUAAUAACCACACAGUUCAGGGUGAGUUGGAGACAACGAAAGACACGACACAGCUGAUCUCUCCAGGCAAAGAGAAGAAAUUUACAUGCUGUAAUGUAUCAUGAUACUUCUACAUUUGAUACCAUCAAUUUACUUGUGUAAUGUGUUAUAUGAUACAGCUAAAAUCAAUUUAUAUGCUGUAAUGUAUCAUGAUACAGCUACGUGAUUAAAUACCAUUAUAUUACAUGUGCAAAUUGUAUUAUAUAUGAUACAGCUGAAACCAUCAAUUUAUAAGCUGUAAUGAUACUUUUAUUUGCGAUGCCAUCAGUUUAUAUGCACAAUGAUUUACAUGAAACAGCUAAAACCAUCUAAACCACAUGUAAUGCAUCAUGAUACAGUUAUAUUAUGUAAUACAUGUACCAUCUGUUUACCUGUGUUAUCAGCAGUUUAUAUGAUAUCAUAUGUCAUAUCUUGUAUCUUGAUACAUUGAAGUAUAUGUAUUGGAAUUCUGUCCCAGUUUUACAGGAAGCUAUGCUGCAUGUAAAUAAUGGUAUUUUUGUACUGUACAACAUGUUGUAUUAAGCCUAAAAAUAUUAAUGUAUAUUUUUAAAAUCAGUUGAAUUAAUAACAUUAAUUUUUAAUAAUUAUUUAUAUAUUCUUCUUACAUGUCAGCUAGACCCCAUCUUGCCAAUUUACUUAUGUAAAAACAUCAAAGUCAAAAUUAUACUUCUCUUCUCUUUUUGAGGACAAUAUAAUGUUUAAAAAAGUCUUUCACAUUGUAUGUAAUGUAUUCAGUAUUUUACCACCUGGUAUUAAACAAAA